GAGGAAAAUUACAAUUAAUUUUCAGCUCAAUCAGCUCUUGUAAUCAAACUUUGUAUUUGAUGUCAUUCAUUGUUCAGUUUUUAACAUUUGUAACCUGGGUUACCCAUUUUUCCUCGCCUCCUCUAUCUGUGAGCACUUAUAAGGAUGUCACAUGUUUGAAGGGCAGGACUAGAAGCAGACUCUCACACUGAGAUAAUAUAAGAGGAAAGCAGUCAGACCUGCAACACAAUUAUACACCAGCUGCUUGCAGAGGGACAAACAUGGACAGCACAUAUGCUUUGCUAGAUGAUGAAGAAGAGGAAGAACCUGAGUUCCGGAUAAUCCUUGUUGGGAAAACUGGAGUUGGGAAGAGCGCAGCGGGAAACACCAUCUUAGGAACAAGAACUUUUAUAUCUACAACAUCUCCUUCCACAGUAACGUUAGAGUGCCAAAAGGAAAGGGGAGAAUUUGGUGGUCACGCGCUGGCUGUCAUUGAUACUCCGGGUCUGUUCGACACCAGCAAAACUGAAAAGGAAGUGAAAAGAGAGAUCGCUAGAUCAAUCUCUUUUGUUGCUCCUGGUCCUCAUGUGUUCCUGGUUGUGCUCCAGGCUGCCAGAUUCACAAAAGAAGAACAAGAAACAGUGAAAAUCCUUCAGAAGGUGUUUGGAGAAACAGCAGCACAGUACACUAUGGCCUUGUUCACACAUGGAGACAAUCUGGAGGCCGAUGACGUGACCAUAGAAACAUUUAUCCAUAAAAGUAAAGCUCUCAAUGACUUCCUCGAUCAGUGUCAGGGAAGAUACCAUGUUUUUAACAACAGAAAGGAAGAUCCCGCUCAGGUCAGAGAGCUGUUGGAGAAGAUCAACACAAUGGUUCAGAGAAAUGGAGGAAGCUGCUACACCAAUGAAAAAUUCCUAGAGGCAGAGAGAGUCAUAAGAGAGGAGAUGGACCGACUUCUGAGAGAAAAUCCAGGCAUGACACCCCAGGAAGCACGGAGACUGGCAGAGAAAGACAACUGGUUCAUCCAGGCCAUUGUGGCAGCUGCUGGAGCGAUUCCUGGUAUUGGUCUUGGAGCCGGUGUUGGACUUGCUGUUGAAGUUGCUAUUGGAGCAGGUGUUGGAGCUGUAGGAGGCCCAAUUGGAGCUGCAGUGGGAGCUGUAGUGGGAGCUGUAGCUGGAGCUACAGUCGUGGCUGUGAAAAGCGGUGCAUGUCCUAUACAGUGAAAUUCAUUUAGCUGUGACUCAUUAAAGUCAGCUUAAUAUGAAGAUCAACAUUGAAGUUAUUAUCAUGUUUGUCUAUGUUUUUACUGAAUCACAUUUACUCAGAUGUUUGUUUAUCAUGAAUGUUGAUGAAGUGAUUAUUGGGAUGUUCCUGAACUCUUCAAUCGAAAAUAAUCAAAAGGUUGGAUUAUUACUGCAUGUGCUGUUUGACCGAGUUUGACUAUGACUUAUGAAUCAAACACAUUAAUAAUGAAAGUUGUUUUCCUCUGCUGUCAAAGGAGGAGUAGUAUCCCUAUUCAAAUAAUAAUGCUACGAGUAAACGUUUCAGCUUUCAGAUGAUUAAAAACUCUGUUUUAGGUCCGUUUUCAAUCAGAAGUAGGAGCAUCGAAUUAUGGAACUGCUUUUCAUAUAAAAUAAAAACUGUUCCUCCAUAAAAUGUUUAAAACCUUAAAACUGGUGUAAUUUGUUUUGUUGGUCAUGUUGGCUUCAUAUUGAUGCCGUUGUAUCCUUUGAUUUUUUUACUUAUUAGAAUAUAUACUGUAUAUUUUCAUGAGUCAACACUGUAUCACUUCAUAAUAAUAAAAGUAAUCAUAUUUUUUCCCAAGUAUAACUUUAAAUGUGCAAAAAAUAAAAGCAAAUUGCUCAAAUGUAGGAAACUGGAUUCAAAUAUUUUGCAUUGAGGAAAAUUUUAAAAAAUGAUAAUUUGUCUUGAUCAAAAUGUGACAUUAAAGAUGGCAGAGAAAUUUCAUGUUU